AUGAACGCCAUGAUAAUUAAUGGCCUGAAAAUGGCCGGUUUCUUUGCUGUUACAACACUUAUUCUUGUCUACUCAAUGUGUGGAAUUGUUUCCAACAUGGUAGUUUCAAUCCUUUUCGGUCUUUUUGAGUUAGCCAUUUGCGGCUACUUCUGCUAUGCAGCUUGGAAGAAAUCAGAUCAAUUUAAAGUUCGUAUAUUAUACGGAUUCGUCGCUUUGACAACAUUAGUUUCAGCAAUUACAAACUUUUCAAUUCAUAAAUACUAUUUCACAGACUACGGAAAUGCAUCUCGCUGGAUGAUCGUUUUUUGCAUCUCUCUUGGCCUUUCUUCAAGUGCUUCUAUCGCUUUCACAUCUUUCACAGAAAAAUUCAUGGGCGAAGUCAUCUCACAGAAUGGAAUCGACGAGUUCAUGGAACAGAUCAUAUACCUCGUUCUUAGUACUGCUAUUCAGGUCCUCCAGGCAUUCUUAAUGUGCAGUAUUGGCAAUAGAACAGAAGCUGAGAUGGUUCACGUCAUUUGCAUCAGAUCUAUCGGCACAGUAUUCUGUGGCCUUCUCGUUGGCCUCACUUUCGGCGUUUAUCUCGGUUCAAAGGCCGAACCAACAAAUCUUGGUUAUGUUCAACCAGAUGAAUAA